CGUGAUUUCCUUAAACUUGUCCUCUAAGCUCACCUCUCUUCUUCCUUAUAUACACACACAUACAUAUAUAUAUAUAUAUAAUUUGCAAAAAUUCAAUCAAGAACAAUUUGUGUCCAAAUUAUCCGAUCCAAUUUUGUUCGAUUCCUACAUUUAUGAUCCUCUAAAUUUAAUUUUUUGGGAUCAAAUGGAUAGUGAGCCAAGUGUUCAUCUCCAAAUUUCCGACGCCGGAAGUCUAAGUCCGACGAUAUUCGAGCCCCAAAUCUCAGGCGCUAGCGCCGGAAAAACGAGUCGCACCGUGUCGAAAACGCCGCCGUCGAUUCGAGCCCCGGAAAAGAAGCUAACGCUCUUCGCCCUCCGUCUCGCCGUCCUCGAAAAGGCGGCUUCGGGAAUCGGAACUCUCGGGUUCAUAUGGGCCACCGUCGUCCUCCUCGGCGGGUUCGCGAUCACGCUCGACAAAACCGACUUUUGGAUCAUCGCCGUCAUCUUGUUCGUCGAAGGGACGAGGAUUUUCAGCCGUAGCCACGAGCUCGAAUGGCAGCAUCAAGCGACGUGGUCGAUCGCUGACGUCGGGAUUAGUAGCUUCCGCGCAAUCAAGUCGAGCUCGAACGUUGUGAUCAAUGCCGUCAAGUCCGCUUGCCGGAACGGAGAGCGGCGUCGGGAGGUGUCGAGGGUGGAGGAUCCCCGACAGAAAUCGAGCUGGGGUAACCGACGAGUCGAUACCCGGACGUGGACGAGCUCCGAAGUCCCAUUUCUCCCUUACGCGAAAUGGAUGUUUUUAUCGAGCAAUGUUAGCAAGCUCUUGUAUUGGCUCCAACUCCUGUCGGCGACGGCGUGCGUCGUUUUGUCGAUGAUGAAGCUCGUUCACCGCAACUACGGCGACAUCGAGAAGGGCGAUAACGAUAAGAAGAAUCGAAAAUCGGCGCUCAUCAUUUUCUACUCGUUGGCCUUGGCCGAGGCGUUGUUGUUCUUGCUCGAGAAAGCGUAUUGGGAAUGGAAAGUUAGCGUUCGAAAAAUGCUUGAAUUGGUGAAUGAAGAAUGCGAGUUCGGGGAAACGGGUUUGAUCUCGAUCCGGAGAUUCUUCUACGACGCGUAUUCGAAGUGCGUAAACGGGAGCAUCUUCGACGGGCUUAAAAUGGACAUGGUAGCGUUCGCGAUGGAGCUGAUGGACUCGAACUCUCCCGACGAGCAGCUGAUCGGGGCGAGGAUCAUGAGGAAGUUUUCAACGAGCCCGCGAUUCUCCGACGACACGUUACAGAAGAUCGGAGUCAAUUUACCGGCGAUCGAGAGGCUCGUCGAAAUGCUUAAUUGGAAAGAUCCAGAAGACGAAGAGAUUCGAUACUCGGCGGCGGAGAUCUUGUCGAAACUCGCCGGGAUACGGCAAAACUCGCUGCGGAUCGCCGGAAUUCCCGGGGCGAUGGAGUCGAUAUCGUCGCUGCUACACGUCAGCCGGAGCCACAGCGGCGCCGGCGACGAGAUUUUGGAGAAGACGAUCGUUUUCGACAGCGAUGGGUACGGCUCGUGGUCGUUCAAUCAUCUGGGCCUCCGGAUUCUCAAGAAGCUCGCGCGCGACCACGACAUUUGCGGCAAGAUCGGGAACACGCGAGGUCUCCUUCCGAAGAUCGUUGACUUCAUACACGCCGAAGAGAGCCUUCUAAGGCACCCGUCGCCGACGCCGUCUCAAAUCGUUACCGUAAAACGAUCAUUGCAGGUACUAAAGAUGCUCGCCGGAACCUCCGGCGCUGCCGGAAAGCAGCUCCGGAAAGAGAUAUCGGAGAUCAUUUUUACGAUCGGUUACAUCCGCGAUAUCCUCAAGCACGGCGAGAAGCAGCCGGAGCUGCAGCUGCUCGGGAUCGACGUUUUGACGUGUCUAGCGAUCGAAGAAGACGGAACGGAGAGGAUCGGUUGCACCGGCGGAGUUCUCCGAGUAUUGUUCGAAAUCUUUCUCGAAAAUAAAGCGCCGGAAACUCCGUCACACGUCAGAUCCGCCGCCGGAGAAGCUCUAGCCAUGCUGGCCUUAGAAAGCAAGAACACGGCCCAUCGAAUCGCGAAGCUACGGAUGAACGAAAAAUUAUCGACGUCUUUGGAAUCUCCCCGCCUCCGCGUAAACGCAGCUCGGGUUCUGAGGAACGUUUGCGCCUACGGCGGCGACGAUUGUUUCGACGAGUUUCGAGGGCUCAUUGCCGCCGCGCCGGUGAUUCUCGACGCAGUAAUGAAUGAAGAGAACAAACUACAGGAAGUGAUGACGGGAGCGGCAGCCGCGAUUUUUCGAUUCAUGGACCCGAAAGAAUCCGAGGCCGUGUUCGAGAAAUCCGGGAUUCGACGAGGUGACCUCGCCCGUCGCCUUGUCCUAACGCUGAAGCGAUAUUAUUACCCGUCGGUGAAAGUCCCGAGCAUGAGGAGGUAUGCGAUCGAGCUCGCGAUUUGGAUGAUGAGAGACAACGUCGAAAAUGUACGAAUCUUUCGGAGCCUCGGGUUGGCGACGGAGCUCGAGUCCGUCGCGGAGACAACAUCGGAGCUAGAGAGCUUCAAUAUCUUCUCCGGGACCGUAGGGCUUUGGCGACACAAGAUUGGAAUGCAUUCGCUCGUCGAAACCGCGAUACGGUUGCUCGAAGGAUAGUGAAAACGCAAUGAAGUCGAUAAAAAGAAAAAACGACAAUGUCGUAAAGUAAUGUAAUGUACAUUCUUAAUCGAAUCGAACAUUUUAUCGAUGUCUCGAACAUCAUAGAACCUCGCUAUUCUUCUCCGUUCGAUCGAUUAGGAUUCAAACGAUCUUUAUAAGAACCGUAUACGUUACAAAUAUGGAUGACAAUGGAUGACCUA